UCUAUAUUAGUUAAAUUCAUUUUUAUCAAAUAUUUUUUUUAAGGUUUUAUAACCAUGAAAAUAUGAUGGUAUGGGUGAUAUCAUGUCCAUGGACGAUUCAUGAUGCAUCUAGAAGACAUCAUAGUAAUAAUAAUUAAUAAUUCCACAUUUGAUUUCAACGAAAAUCGUGGAUUUUGGAAAAGGGAAAUAUGGGAUUCUUAAGAACAGUUGCAGCAUCGUCAACAGCGACGGCCGUCACAGCAGCAGCAACAGCUCUCGCUCUCAAUUCCCUCUCCCCAUCUUCAUCCUCCUCUUACAAUUACAAUUUCACCAAACCCUUUUUGAAUUCGUUCCCUUCGACCCCAAAUCGAUUCGACCUCAACAAGACUCACACCAAACCUCCUUCAGCUCUUCACAUGGACGCUAAACCCGCCCUAAUGUACGAUGCGGAAUUACCGGAAGUUAUGACAGAGUUCAUGGUGGAUAUGAGUUGCGAAGGUUGUGUUAAAGCGGUGAAGAACAAGUUACAAACAGUCAAUGGAGUUAAGAGCAUUGAUGUGGAUUUAAGCAAUCAAGUAGUCAGAAUUUUUGGGUCUUCGCCCGUUAAGACCAUGGCUGAAGCCUUGGAGCAAACCGGUCGAAAAGCUCGACUAAUUGGUCAAGGCUCUCCAGGAGAUGUGUUGAUUUCGGCUGCCGUGGCGGAAUUCAAAGGCCCAGAGAUUUUCGGAGUAGUUCGUCUGGCUCAAAUAAGUAUGGAAUUGGCAAGAAUCGAAGCCAACUUCAGCGGUUUAUCACCCGGGAAAAAACACGCUUGGUCUAUCAACGAAUACGGUGAUCUAACAAGAGGUGUCGCAAGCACCGGGAAAACAUUCAAUAAGGCUGUUGGUGACCUGGGAACACUGGAGGUUGAUGAGAGAGGUGAAGCUUUUUUCUCGGGUGUCAAAAAGGACCUUACAAUUGCUGACCUCAUCGGUAGAGCAAUAGCAGUGUAUGAAAGUGAAGAUAGAUCGGAUAGUGGAAUUGCAGCUGCUGUUAUUGCAAGAAGUGCGGGUGUUGGUGAGAAUUAUAAGAAGCUUUGUACGUGUGAUGGGACUACAAUCUGGGAAGCAACAAAUGCUGAUUAUGUUUCAAGUAAAGUUUAACAUCAUCAUCAUCAAUAUUCAAUACAAUACAAAACUUGCAAGGUGUGGGAUUUUGAGUGUUGAUGUAUCUUAGAUGUUAAAAAUUCAAGUCUUCUUGUCUUUAUUUAAUAAAAGGCAUACAUUUGGUGGCCUAGUGUGCUUUGUGGUUUGUAGAUUAAAGGUUAGUUUAACGAAGGGCUAUUGCAAAUCAUUCUCUUUUUGAGGCAGCAAACCUUCUCUUUUGGCCAUUUCAUAUAUGGCAAUGGACAUUAAUACUUUAGCAUCAGGUGUCAUACGCCAAAGUGUGUCAUAAGGGACGAUAUGGACUUUGAUCAUUUCACCAUGUUCUCUAAGCCCGGUUUCUUUCCCUUCAAGUUCUUUAAUAACAUCUCGACUCACACUUCCUCUGUAUAGAAACAAGCUAAGUUCUUCAUCACAUCCACCCGGUGAAGGGAUAACUUUGCAUCCAGUGGAAGGGUCUAGAAAAGAUGUGAGGUCAAUCAUGUCAUUUAAGUUUAUUUGAAUCCCGGUUUCUUCUUCUACCUGUCUUAUU